AUGUCAAAAAUUAAUUUAAAACCUUUAAACCAAACAUGCUGUGUUUGUGUACAAAUAAAAUCAAAUCAACAUAGAAUUUUUGAUACAUUCUUUCAAUUUCAUACCAAAUAUUUAUCCAUAAAACGACUUAUAAGUGAUUUAAACUUGAUUUCCUAUGAGGUUGAAGCAUCACAUGAAAGUAAAAUGACAAUAUGCACUGAAUGUAAGGACAUGACAGUAAACUUUUAUACAUUUCAAACGAAAGUAAGAAAUAAACAAAAGACUUGCAUAGUUGAUGGACGAAAAGGUUCGAAUAAAAAGUUAAAUCCAAUUAAGCAGCCCAUAGAAGAAAUAUUAAAUCAAGUUCCACUCAAUAAACAUGAUAUUAUUAGUACUUUCCUUAAAAAUAAUUCUGUUGAGGCAAUUGAAGAAGCAGAUGAUGGAAGUCGUCUCACAAUUUAUUGCAGCAGUCCACCAAUUGCAAACAUUGAACUUGUAACAGUCAAACAAGAGCAGGACAUCGAUAUUUAUGAAAGUGACAUCGAUUAUUAUGAGGAAUCUUCCGAUAAUUCAGAUUAUGACGAUGAGAACCUCAGUGGAACAGAAACGUCUAAAACUGAAAACAUUUCUCUGUUCGAAAAUAAAAAUUUUAAAGGAAGGAGCUCUGCUUACAACUACUUCAAAGAAAUCGAAGGUGUAGAAGAUCGAAUGAGUUGUAAAACAUGUGGAAAAACGUGCUUGGUUGGUAAAAGUUAUUCAACUUGCAACAUUCUCAAACAUCUCAAACAAAAACAUUUCGAGUUAUACAAAGAAUACAAAAGUCAGAAAGGAGAAGAUGUAAGCAAUUUACAUUCUCCGACAACGAGGAAUAAAGAUGCAAGACGAAGCGACUUCGAUCAUAAUAAUGAAUCUUCUGAUAAUUCAGAUUUUGAGGAUGAGAACGUCAGUGGAACAGAAACGUCUAAAGUUGAGAACAUUUCGUUGUUCGAAGAUAUAAAUUUCAAAGUCAGAAGUUCCGCUUACAACUACUUCAACGAAAUCGAAGGAGUAAAAGAUCGAAUGAGUUGCAAAACAUGUAACAAAACAUAUUUGGUUGGUAAAAGUUAUUCAACUUGUAACAUACUAAGACACCUUAAACGAACACAUUUCGAGUUAUACAAAGAAUUCAAAAGUCAGAAUGGAGAAAAUGUAAGCAAUUUGACUCCUCCGUCAAAGAGAAUUAAAAGAAGCGACUUCGAUUACAAUAAUCAAUCUUCUGAUUAUUCGGAUAACGAUGAUGAAAAAAUGAGUGAAGCAGAAACGUCUAAAGUUGAAAACAUUUCUAUGUUCAAAGACUUAAAUUUUAAAGCCAAAAGUUCUGCUUACAACUAUUUCAACGAAAUUGAAGGCGUGAAAGAUCGAAUGAGUUGUAAAGCAUGUAAAAGAACAUUUCCGGUUGGUAAAAAUUAUUCAACUUGUUACAUUCUCAGACAUCUCAGACAAAGACAUAUGAAAUUGUACAAAGAAUUCAAAAGUCAGAAUAGAGACAAUCCAGUGCAUACAAACAGAGUAUAUAAAAAAGCUUCUGUUGGACCCAAUGCAAAUGGCAUUUUUAAAUUCUUCAAAGAAAUUGAAGGUCAAACUAAUCGUGUCCUUUGUAAAUUGUGUAAUUUCAAUCUAUCGUCAAAUUCAAAAAGUACUUUGAGCAGACAUUUCUAUCGUAGACAUCCGGAUAUGUCUGUAAAUGUUAGCAAAAAAUCAGAACAAAAUGUGCAAAGUAUUCAGGAAAAUGAAGAUGACGAUGAAUUAAAUGAGAUUGAAGCUAAAAUGGAAGUUGACGAUGACGUGCCUGUUAAACAACAACUUCGAAGAGGCACGCCUGGCAUUUACGGCUAUUUUGAUAAAGUUCCAGGUAGAGGAGAUGCAGUCAGAUGUCAACUAUGUCAACAGAUAUUUACAUCAUCAAAUCAAAGCAAUCUUCUCAGGCAUUUCAAACGUAAACAUUAUGGAGUAGUCGAAAAAAUUUAUCUACAAAAUCAAAUUUCUGUAGAUGAGUUUCAAGUCGAACCAAAUCAACAAUCAUCAGAAAUUGAUGCUAACGAGUGUGAAAAUGAAGAAAACUUCAACAGUAAUGAUGAUUAAAUUGAUGAAAUAAAAAUGUGUGAAAUUAAAUAAAUUAUUCUGAACUUUAAAGAGAUUUCUUUGUUUCAACGCAUUUCUCAGCUUUUUGAAUAAUGAAAUAAAUUACAAAAGAUUAUUUGAAAAAUAAUGUAGGAAAAUCGUGACUGGAAAUCAUGUCAAAUUAUUAAAAUAUUUUGUGAAAAUAUUUCCAAUGAAUGUCAGCUUUUAAAUUGAAAGAAAUCAAUUUUGAC